GUCAGCUGCAAGCCAAUGCAUAUUGUGAGAAUCCAGAUGUAGUCGUAAUUGGUAAUAUAGAUGAUUUAUCAGACCAAAGGGAGGUAAAUGAAAGGCAAGCUAAAGAUAUGGCAGACAAAUAUGGCAUACCGUACUUCCAAACAAGUGCUGCUAGUGGACAGAAUGUGGAGAAGGCUGUGGACACGCUUCUGGACUUGAUAAUGAAGCGUAUGGAGCAGUGUGUGGACAUGACGCAAGUUUCCGACACAGCCAAAGGAGGAAGCUCGGGAAAAAUAGAGUCGGCAAAACCAGAGGAGAAAAAAUGUGCCUGCUAA